GAAUCCCAUUCCUCCAGUCCAGUCGGCAGAGGUUGCUAGGCCGGCGGCGCCGCCACCGGCCACCGGCCACCGCUCGCUACCUCCCUCGCGGGCGCGGCAGAUCCUGCUGCCAGAUCGCCGUUCCCGCUUCAUCUCUUACGCGGUGAGGCACCGCCGGCGUACCUUGACCAUCUGGCGCGUCGCAAGGUUACCGCCGCCGUGCCGUGCCGUACCGAUCUGCCGCGGCGGAAGGUCACCGCCGCCUCCUCCUCCUCGUCUCACUCUUCUGCUCGAGAUGCGGACGGUGGCUAGCCUGACCGACGACCUCCUCGUGGAGAUCCUCUCCCGUCUCCCCGUAAAGUCGCUCCGCCGCUGCAUGUGCGUGUCCAGGACCUGGCGGGGCAUCAUCUCGCACCCGCACAACCGCAGGCAGCUGCCGCAGACCCUAGAGGGCUUCUUCUACGUGCCCGAGAGCAAGCCGGCGCCAGCUCCCAGUUUCACCAACGUCGCCGGGACAGGCCGCCCUCUGGUCUCUCCUCUCUUCGGUUUCCUGCCCCAGCACCAGAGCAUCUUCCUGCUGUCCUGCUGCAACGGCCUCCUCCUCUGCCGCUGCUGGGAAGGCCAGGACGACUUCCAUUACGUUGUGUGCAAUCCGGCGACGGAGGAGUGGGUCCGGUUGCCCGACUCCGUCAAUGCCGGCACCGAGUGCAUGGCACGUCUGGGUUUCGACCCUGCCGUGUCGGAUCACUUCCAUGUGUUUGAGUUCUCCGAGGAUCACGACAUCAGCCAGCCUGGAAUGGAGGUGUAUUCCUCUAAAACAGGGGGAUGGGUUCACAAGGAGAACGGAUGGAUUGAUGCGGAAGAUGAUGAAGCAUUUGUUUCCCUUGUUGGUCAUCACUCGGGAGAUGUGUUUCUUAACGGCUGUCUGCAUUUUCUCACCAUGGAUGAUGAUAUAGCCGUGGUGGACACCGAGGGGAAAACAUGGAGGAAGAUACCUGUCCCUGAACUUGGCACUGUUGGUCUCAUUCAGAAGUCUCAGGGUUAUUUGCAUUUUGUCAAUUUUCUGGAAACUGAUGAUGGUAUGGUUCAACUGGUGGUUUAUGUUCUUGAGAACUACCGCAGUCAAGAAUGGAUAUUGAAGCGUAGCACUGACGCUUCAUAUAUAUUUGGAGAGAGAGAUAUUGAUCUUAUACAAGGCUUUCAGUGGGUUGCAAUGCAUCCACACUGUAAUAUGAUCUUCUUAACUGUGGGGUGGGAUAAUACUUUGGUAUCUUAUGAUAUGGAUCAUCACCAAGUUCAAGAGAUCUGCGAUCUUGGAGGAGACAACGACCCGCGAUAUCUCCCAUAUGUGCCAUUGUACUCAGAGUUACAAACUCUACACAUGCGACAUAAAAAUUGAGCCACGUUGGAAUUCACUGGAAUGGUACAAUCCAAAUUUACAGGGAAAACCAUGGGAGAGGCAGGUCUUGAGGAAGUGCUUUUGUUCAUUAGGUGGUGGACGCCUGCGUGGUUACUGUUGGUAUGCUCCUUGGGACAAACCCAUUUGCAUGUGAAAAUAGUCGCUUGUUGGCAGAUAAAUGAGUAGUAUGCCAUCCUAUUUUUAGAAGAACUAGUAUGCUAUUUGAUGGUGCAAUGCUGUGAAAUAUCUAUUCAGUACAUGAGCUGUCCACAUAUGUGAGUAUGGUGAAAUAAGUCGAGCGCAACGGGUCCUCUGCCCUACGGUGGGUGCGUGGAUAAGGAAUGAAGGAAAAUACCCUGCGAUCAUAACGGCUAGACUCAUUGUGUUAAUUACUAGCUAGCGUGUAGCCCGCGGCGGCACGCCAUGCUAUACAGCCUAUAUUGAUUGAUAUGUGGUGUUUUUUUUUCAAGUUUUA